AUUCAUUCUGCUGGAGCAGUGAUAGGUUUUCAUUCAGCAGCAUCAUGUGGAAUACUCAGUAACGUGGGAACCUUGUGUCUGCAAAGUGCUCCCUGGGUCUCACAUAAAAAAAAACGCAGCUUUUAAAUCAUUUCUUCAAGGAAUAAUUAUGAGACGAGACCUCGACAGGGACAGAGACCGCAAUCAACGGUUCAGGGACAGGGACUAUGACAGGGACAGAUACGCAAAGUCAUUCGGUGCGCCAACAAACAACCCAGCUACAAGUGCUGGAGGCGUCCUUAAACAGAGCCCCAUCCAGCAGCAGAUCAACCCAUUCACCAACCUGCCCCACACGCAGCGCUACCAUGAAAUCCUGAAGAAGAGGCUGCAGCUGCCCGUCUGGGAGUACAGAGACAGCUUCACUGACAUCCUGGUACGGAACCAGUCUUUUGUGCUGGUGGGAGAGACGGGCUCUGGAAAGACGACACAGAUUCCUCAGUGGUGCGUGGACAUGGUGCGAUCAAUGCCGGGGCCGAAGAGAGCAGUGGCCUGCACCCAGCCCAGGAGAGUGGCGGCAAUGAGCGUCGCCCAGAGGGUGGCUGAUGAGAUGGAUGUCAUGCUGGGUCAAGAGGUGGGCUACUCCAUCAGAUUUGAGGACUGCAGCUCCGCAAAGACGGCACUCAAGUACAUGACAGAUGGCAUGUUGCUCCGGGAGGCUAUGAAUGAUCCUCUACUAGAACGCUAUGGUGUCGUCAUUCUGGACGAGGCGCAUGAACGCACAUUAGCUACAGAUAUCCUCAUGGGGGUCCUCAAGGAGGUGGUCCGCCAGAGGCCUGAUCUAAAGGUCAUCGUCAUGAGCGCCACACUAGAUGCUGGGAAGUUCCAGGUGUACUUUGACAACUGCCCGCUGCUGACUAUCCCUGGACGCACGCACCCCGUGGAGAUUUUCUACACCCCAGAACCAGAGCGCGACUACCUGGAGGCGGCCAUCCGGACUGUGGUCCAGCUCCACAUGUGUGAGGUGGAUAAAGGAGACGUUCUGCUCUUCCUCACUGGACAAGAGGAAAUCGACGAAGCUUGUAAGAGAAUCAAGAGGGAGAUCGACGACCUGGGUCAUGAUGUCGGUGAUAUAAAAAUCAUCCCUCUGUACUCCACGCUGCCUCCACAGCAACAGCAAAGGAUCUUUGAGCCACCUCCGCCCAAUAAACCAAAUGGUGCCAUCGGAAGGAAGGUCGUCGUGUCAACAAACAUCGCCGAGACGUCCCUGACCAUCGACGGUGUCGUGUUUGUAAUCGAUCCUGGAUUUGCCAAGCAAAAGGUGUAUAACCCACGCAUCAGAGUGGAAUCCCUCCUGGUUACAGCCAUCAGCAAAGCUUCGGCACAGCAGAGGGCAGGCCGCGCCGGGCGGACACGCCCAGGAAAGUGUUUCCGCCUGUACACUGAGAGAGCUUACAAGGCAGAAAUGCAGGACAACACAUAUCCAGAGAUCCUCCGGUCCAAUCUAGGCUCUGUGGUGCUGCAACUGAAGAAACUGGGUAUUGAUGACUUGGUGCACUUUGACUUCAUGGACCCACCAGCCCCAGAGACCCUGAUGCGAGCCCUGGAGCUACUGAACUACCUGGCGGCGCUCAAUGACAACGGCGACAUGACUGAGCUGGGCUCCAUGAUGGCCGAGUUCCCCCUGGACCCCCAGCUGGCCAAGAUGGUCAUUGCCAGCUGUGAAUUCAACUGUUCCAACGAAGUUCUGUCCAUCACUGCCAUGCUGUCAGUCCCACAGUGCUUCGUCCGACCUACCGAGGCUAGGAAGAUGGCGGAUGAGGCCAAGCUGCGCUUCGCCCACAUGGACGGAGACCACUUGACAUUGCUCAACGUCUACCACGCCUUUAAACAGAGUAACGAUUCCACUCAGUGGUGCUACGAAAAUUUCGUCAACUACCGCUCACUGAUGUCAGCAGACAACGUGCGACAGCAAUUGUCCAGGAUCAUGGACCGCUUCAACCUGCCGAGGCGGAGCACCGAGUUUUGCAACAAAGAUUACUAUAUCAACAUCCGCAGAGCUCUGGUCACUGGAUUCUUCAUGCAGAUCGCUCACCUGGAGCGUACCGGCCAUUACCUGACCGUGAAGGACAACCAAGUGGUGCAGCUGCACCCGUCCACUGUGCUGGACCACAAGCCGGAGUGGGUGCUUUACAACGAGUUUGUGCUCACCAGCAAGAACUACAUCCGCACGUGCACUGACAUCAAACCAGAGUGGUUGCUGAAAGUUGCCCCGCAGUACUAUGAGAUGAGUAACUUCCCCCAGUGUGAAGCAAAGAGACAGUUGGAGCGCAUCACCGCAAAGGUCUCAUCCAAGGAAUACACUCAGUACUAAGAAGGUUUGCAUGUGCUGUGGAAUCAGCAAAAAGGGAAAUCUGAACUCUGUUUGAUCAACCUGUGGGGUUUUUUUCUAACAUUAUUUUGAAAUUUGUAUUUACCUCACAGUAUCUAAUGUAUUUUCCUGAAUCUUUUUCUAAUGCAAGAGGGUUACGUAUUACCUUAAAUGUACUGUAAACGGCAGUUUAUCAGGUUUUUAAUCAUUUGCUAGCUCUGUUUAAUGCAUGAUGUUUUCUGUAAAUUUCAACAUUCCUCGAAAAGACGUCCAUACUAAGUCACAGCUUCGGAUAUCUCAACAUUAUUUUGCUUCUUCUGAAACAGCAUUAGUUAUUUGAGAGAAGCUUUUAAACAAACAUAAUUUAUGCUGUACGUCAGUGCAGAUAUUAAGCGGGACAGCCUGCCCACAUUUCCUGUCACUGUUCAACUUAAUAAAAAUGACUUUGUAAUAAAACA